CAAGGAAAACUGGAAAACCCACAAAACCCUUAAAUUGUCUAUCGGCCUCGAAGAUCCGAAACCCUCGCUCUCCCGCCAUUAUCCGCGCUCGACACCGGGAACGAAGUCUCACUCUAUACGAUGACGGCGCCUCCAUCGCUAACCCUGAAAAAGAACUACCGGUGUUCACGGUUCCUGCAGAAAUUCUACGCCGGCGGCGCCUACACCGUUUCCUCCGACGGCUCUCUCAUUGCCUGCGCUUGUGAUGAUAAGAUCAAUAUCAUAGAAGCAACCAAUUCUUUUGUGCGGGAGACCCUCGAGGGCGACGGAGAGGAAGUUACUGCUCUAACCCUCAGCCCUGACGAUCGUUUCCUCUUCUCGGCGAGUCACAGCAGGUUGAUCCGCGUGUGGGACCUCUCUUCUUUCAAAUGCAUUCGGUCUUGGAAGGGUCAUGAUGGUCCAGUGACAAACAUGUCUUGUCAUUCUUCAGGAGGAUUGCUGGCUACCGCCGGAGCAGAUACAACCGUUCGUGUUUGGGAUGUUGAUGGAGGAUUUUGCACGCAUCUCUUUAGAGGCCACACAAGUGUUGUGACUUGCAUUGCUUUCCAUCCAGAUCCAAAACAUUUAUUGUUGUUUUCAGGAAGUGAUGAUGAGAGUGUACUGGUUUGGAAUCUUGAAAGCAAGAAGCGCAUUGCAGUACUUAAGGAGAGUGAUACUUCACGUAUUUCUUCUUUGGCAAUUUCUGAGGAUGGAAGGAGUAUGCUUGUUGCAGAAAGAGGAGGGGUUGUUACCAUAUGGGACAUGCAAAAGUAUAUCCGGCGGCAAACAAUAAUUAUUAAGGAGAAGGAUAACUCGUUUGAGACAGUUAACACUGUUUGCGUUGUCCCUGGUGGAAGUUUGAUAUCAAAUUGUUUGAGCCAAUGCAUAUCUCUAAAUAAGGAGAAGAGUGUUGCUAUCCACCCUAUCUAUUUUUUGACAGUUGGUGAAGAUGGGCUUGUACGUAUUUGGUCCUUCUCUAAGAGCUCUGCUGUUUGCAUUUACAAGCAGAAAUCUUCUGAUGCAACUUGUGGGUCUGCUAACUCUGGAGUGGGGUUCGUGUCAGCGCUUGUACUACCUCUGAAUCAAGGGCUGCUUUGUGUGACUGCUGAUGGGCAGUUCCUUUUUUACCAUCCAGAAAAAUCUUCCGAUGGAACAUUCCAAUUAAUCCUGUAUAGAAGGCUUAUUGGUUAUAAUGAACAGAUACUUGAUAUGAUAUUCUUAGGUGAUGAGGAACAGUAUAUUGGUGUGGCUACAAAUUCAGAGCAGGUCAGGCUCUGGGAUGCUGAAAGAAGAUGCUGCGUGGGAAUUGGCAAGGGUCAUAUGGGAGAUGUUGGAGCUGUUGUCUUUUCAAAUAAGUGGAAAAACUUUUUUGUUAGCGGUAGUGGAUAAAAGGAAUCGGUGAACUUCUAGAAGGCAUUAUACCUUACUCACAGAGGCACUUCAGCAGAAUUGAUAGGCUUGUGAGGAGCAGUUACUUGUUGGAUUACAUUUUAAAUGAAAUGUCAGUCAUAGAACCUGAGAAUGGUGCUCUGAAGUCCAAUGAAACAUCUGUGUUGUCCUCAGAGCAUACUCCAUCUGAGCUUACUGAGCAGGCAAAUGAUCACUAUGGAGAUUUGAAUGAAGAAUCCAUGGCAGUUUCUCCAGAUGCGAAACAAAAAAUUUCUUCCAAGAAGAAAAGGAAGUCGAACAAAAUGAAAAAGUCUUCGUCAACGAAGAAACUGAAGUCUGCACGCACUGCGCACACAUCUGUCUGCACAUAAUAAGAGCUCCUCAAUGAGAUCUAUGAUAAUUGUAACAGAUGCCUUUAUUAAUCCUUCAUCUGCUUCAGUUCUUGGUGGGAACUGGGAAGCCACCUGAUCUGGUAGUUCUUUCCUGAAUGCUCUAUUAAUUAAUACUUAUUUGCUUCACCUAAAGCUGUCAAAAUGACUCAUUAUUAGUGAAGAGCUCUUUUUUGGCUCAUUAUUUAGCUUAUGUUCGAUUUAUUU